AUGAAGAGGAUAAAAUGUGAGGCUCUAGAGAAAAGCAAGUAUGCAUUUGCAGUGUCAUGGUCAGAAAAAAGAUGUGUGCUUGAAAAGACAGUGAAACGCGGCGGAGGAGAAGCAUUCACAUGUCAGACAUCAGAGAUUAUGGAAGUGAAGGAAUUAAGGAACAGAGUGGAAACAGAGGAGUGUGUCCAAGGUUGUGGCCUCGACAGAAACACUCUCGGCAUCUCCUCUGACUCCCUUCUCGAUGCUCGCUUCACUCACACUCUCUGUUCCUCUCGUUGCUAUGACCAUUGCCCUAAUGUCGUCCACCUCUUCUUCAACCUCGCCGCUGCUGAAGGUUUGUUUCUUCCGAAGCUUUGUAAGGCUCAAGGAGGAAAUGUGAAAGGAGAAAUGUCGGAGAUUAGAAGUUCUGGGAUGGUUGCAUCGGGAUCGAUUCAGUCGGCUUCUUUUUCGAUUGCUCCUGUAGUCGCACAAGGGCCGGUUCAGUUUAGCUCUCUGUCAUUUGCUCCGGCACUCACUCCCAUUGCAAAUGAUCAUCUUUACUAA